ACAUCCUCGCACGACACGGCGCAGCACACACAUACACAGCACGAGAGAGACACCAAAAACACCCAGAGCCGCAAUUCGCCAAGAAACCCCAAACACAGGCUCGGCCUGCCUCGGCGGCGCAGGGGUUUCGCUCCCGUUCCUCCCCUCCCCACCGACGAUGAUGGACCCCGACCACGGCGGCGGCGCCGACGAGGCGGAGGCGGCCUUCUUCGCGCGCAGGAGCCGCCGCUGCUGCUGCUUCCCCUGCUGGCCCUCCACCUCCUCCUCCCUCUCCCACCAGCGCAUCGGCGGCGGCGCGGCCGCCGCCGCCGAGGAGGAGAGCUGGUGGCAGGGCGGCGUGGACGCGCUGCUCAAGGUGCGCGAGUGGUCGGAGCUGGCGGCGGGCCCGCGCUGGAAGACCUUCAUCCGCCGCUUCGGCCGCAACGGCAACGGCCCGCGCCCGCACGGCAACUUCGGCCGCAAGCUCAACUACGACGCGCUCAGCUACGCGCUCAACUUCGACGAGGGCCCCGGCGCCACCCCCGAGCCCGGCGACCACGCCGCCUUCCGCGACUUCUCCUCCCGCUUCGCCGCCCCGCCCGCCUCCGCCAAGUCCUCCAUGGACCUCGGCGGCCGCGACGCGCCGUCGCUCUUCGCCACGCCGCCCAGCAACGCCGACGGGGCCGACCGCCGCAGCUAAUCCCCUCGUCGGAUCGCGCCGGAUGUCCAAAGGGAAAGGUAUUAUUGCUCGAUCGAUGGUGGUGGAUUGGUGGUGGUCAAACUUCAGACUACAGAGCACGGCGAAAAGAUGGUUGCCUUUUUCCUCGAUUGGUUCGGCCCGGCGAUGGGGAUCGUUGCUUGGAUUUCCUUCUCACCCCCUUCUGAAUUCUGAUUGAUUCGUUCCUUCAUCACUGUACAAAAAAGAAAGCGAUUGCUACAUGAGUACUGCUAUAUUGUUACAUGCUUCAUUCGUGAAUUCAUCACAGUUUUGUCCCCCAA